AUGAAGCGUUUGCGGGUAGAAAGGUUGGGCAGCGCCCGCGUCCUAACGCGCCUCGCACGACCACGCCCGCAGUGCCCUAUCCUUCAGCAGCAACAGCAGCACUUCCAGCCUCAAUGCCGCCAAAUACCCUUCGUCCGGUUACAGUCCACCGACUCGUCCACCACGCCCAAUGAGCCCCUUGACCCCGUGGAGGCUCCGGGCUCAAUUGAGCCAGAGCCAGUAGAACUCGAGUCACUUCCGUCUCCCCCGAUAUCCGCGGCACGAGACUCGGCCAAGCUCGCUGCUCUCCACGCCCGUCUGUCGCUGCCGCCGCGAAUGCCUCUCGAAACGCUUGCCCGCGCACUCGUCGAUCCGUCGGCCGACUCGAACCCGGACUUCAACAAUGCCGCGCUGGCAACGCUCGGCAGUGAUCUGCUGGGCCUAUACACCAGCGAGCACAUCAUAUGCACCUACCCACGCAUCCCCAUGCCCGUCUUGCUCUCCGGCAUGCAGGCCUACGUCGGAGACGCCGCGCUCACCACCGUCACGCGCGAAUGGGGUGUCGAGACGGCGGCGGCCCCCGGCGGCGAGGUCGACCCGGGCCUGCUCCAAUUCACACACUUCGAGCCGGACACCGAGUUCCUGCCCUUCCGGCGGCAGGGCAACCGGCCGAACGAGAACCGGGGGUUGGGUUGGCGCCGCGGCAUGUCGUCGCGGGUUGUGUACGACGACGCGUUCGGCGAGCUGCGCGGGCGGGCCAUGACCAAGGAGCCGCUCAGCAGGCAAGCGGCGACGCUCGAGCAGGCCUCUGCCGGCUUCGUGCGCGCCGUCGUCGGCGCCGUGUACGCGCACGCCGGCCGCGCCGCCGCGCAGAACUUCAUCCAGGCCCACUUCCUCAGCCGCCAUCUUGACCUCUCCCAGCUGUUCAACUUCACGGAGCCCACCCGCGACCUGUCCAGACUGUGCGCCCGUGAGGGUUUCGAGGCCCCUGUUGCCCGCCUGCUCGCCGAGACGGGCCGUGGCAGCAGACAUCCGGUGUUUGUGGUUGGUGUGUACAGCGGGCGAGACAAGUUGGGAGAGGGCCCAGGCGCGAGUCUUGAGGAGGCCAGGUUCAGGGCUGCGGUUGCUGCGUUGAAGAGUUGGUACCUUUAUAGCCCACUGGACGUCACAAAGCCCAGUGAAACGGAGGAACUCAAGAAGGAGGGCAAGAAGUGGGUGCCGAAUAUGGUGGAUCCGGGUGAGAUUGUCGUGUAA